AUGUCGUUCUCGGGCCGCCGUGUGAGCAUCCUGCGCCCCCCUACUCGUGGCAUGCCGGCCAGCGAGGGCCUCUCCGACAACGAGCAACGGUCCGAGACUCAUCGCCAGUUCCGAACCGCCCACGAGGGCCACUAUCCCCAUGCGGCUCUCGACGCCUCCCGUGCUUCUACCGGUGUCGUCUGGUGCACAGAACGUGCCACCGAGCAUGGCUUCGCGGAGGAUCCCUCCGCCUGGGCCAACCUAGGCCAGGGUGCCCCCGAAGUCGACGACGAGAUCGAGGGCAGCUUCCCCCGCCCGACAACGAUCCCCGUCUCCCUCGCUGGCCGGGAAUACGGUCCGACCACUGGGAUCAAGCCGUUGCGCGCGGCCGUUGCACGCCUGUACAAUGAGCACUAUCGUCAAGGGAAAGAGAGCCAGUAUACCUGGGAGAAUGUGUGCAUUGUGCCUGGAGGGCGAGCAGGGUUGAUCCGGAUUGCCGCCAUCUUAGCCAACUCGUACCUGUCGUUCCCUAUCCCCGAUUACUCGGCGUACUCGGAGAUGUUGACACUUUUCAAGAACAUUACCCCCAUCCCGAUGCCGCUAUCCCUAGAAGACCACUACCAGAUCCACCCGAACAAGAUUGCAGAGGAAAUUGCGCGUGGUACCCAGGUGCUGCUGACAUCGAACCCUCGUAAUCCGACAGGCCACGUCGUGGAGCAUAAUCAGCUGGCAGAGAUCCAGGACAUCUGUCGCGGUCGCGUGACCCUCAUCUUAGACGAGUUCUACGGUGGCUACAACUAUACGACCGACUGUGACGGUGCCACAGUCAGUGGCGCUAUGAAUGUCAUCGAUGUCAACCAGGACGAUGUGUUGUUAGUUGAUGGUCUCACGAAGCGUUUCCGCCUGCCAGGCUGGCGAAUUGCCUGGGUAGUGGGCCCCAAAGAAUUUAUCAAGGCGCUAGGCUCAGCCGGCUCCUACCUGGAUGGUGGCGCCAACGUGCCUUUCCAAGAGGCAGCGAUUCCGAUGCUAGAGCCGUCGCGGGUGCGCACCGAAAUGAAGGCACUGCAGGUGCACUUCCGGGAGAAGCGCGACUACGUUCUGAAGCGGCUGUAUGACAUCGGCUUCCGCGUCCAGGACAUCCCGCAGGCAACUUUCUACAUCUGGCUUGACCUGAGCUCACUCGAUCCGCCACUGCCGGCCGAGGCCAACAUUUCCGACGGCCUGAACUUCUUCAGUGCCCUCCUGGCCGAGAAUGUCAUCGUCGUUCCAGGUAUCUUCUUUGACCUGAAUCCCGCUAAGCGUCGCGAUCUCUUCGACAGCCCGUGCCACCACUUCGUGCGCCUAAGCUAUGGUCCCAAGAUGGAUGCCUUGAAGAUGGGUCUUGAUGGCAUUGAAAAUGUCAUCAAUCGUGCGCGCGAGUUGGGCCAGAAGAAGUAG